GCUCUUGAUCUCACACUCUUGUUCCUGAGAGAGAUGAAGCAAGAUCAAGCUGCUGAUACUCUCCAGGGUAGGAGACUCAUGGCCAUCUGCGAGCUGCUCUUCAAUAAUCAGCUUAAAUGUAGCCUGAAGAAGAAAUAUCAAAGUGUGUUUGAAGGAAUUGCUCAGCAAGGAGACUCCACACUUCUGAAUAACAUCUACACAGAUCUCUAUAUCACUCAGGGUGCGAGUGAACAGGUCAACACUGAACAUGAGAUCAGACAGAUUGAAGCUGCUUCCAGACGUCAUCAGUCACUAGAGAUACAGGUUGAAUGCAAACAUUUGUUUGAAGCAGCUGAACAAGACGAGCGGAUCAGAACUGUCCUGACAAAAGGAGUUGCUGGCAUCGGGAAAUCAGUCUCUGUGCAAAAGUUUGUUCUGGAUUGGGCUGAAGGGAAAGAAAAUCAAGACAUCAGCUUCAUAUUUCCUCUUCCAUUCAGAGAGAUGAACUUAAAGGAGAAAGAAAGACAAAGUUUAAAAGACCUCAUAACUCAGUUUUUCCCUGAGACUAAAGGACUGAACCUUACAAGAAACACACGAUUCAAAGUCCUGUUCAUCCUUGAUGGAUUGGAUGAAUGUCGUCUUCCUCUGAACUUUGCUGGUAAUGAGACGUGUGGUGAUGUAUCUUCAGCAGUCUCUCUGGAUGUUCUCCUGACGAACCUCAUCAAGGGAAAUCUGCUUCCUUCUGCUCUCAUCUGGAUCACCAGCAGACCAGCAGCUGCCAGUAAGAUUCCUGCUGACUGUAUCGACCGGCUGACAGAGAUACGAGGAUUCAAUGAUGCCCAAAAGGAGGAGUACUUCAGAAAGAGACUCACAGAUCAGAAUCAGGCCAGAGAAAUCAUUGAUCACAUUAAACAGUCAAAGAGUCUCUUUAUUAUGUGCCACAUCCCAGUCUUCUGCUGGAUUUCAGCCACUGUUCUCCAGAACAUACUGAAACUGAAACACAGGGCUCAUGCUGAAACACUGCAGGAAUCUCCCAAGACUCUGACACAGAUGUACACACACUUUCUCCGCUUUCAGAUCCAGCAGAGCAGAAGAAAGUAUGAUGGAGAAAACACAGCAGAUGUCUCCUGGGAUCCAAAGCUCAUCCUUUCACUGGGUAAACUGGCCUUCCAGCAGCUGGACAGAAACAAUGUGAUCUUCUAUGAGAGCGAUCUGAAAGACUGUGGCAUUGACGUCUAUAAGGCAUCGGUGUACUCAGGCAUGUGUACCCAGAUCUUUAAGGAGGAGACGGGAAUCAUUCUUGGUACCAUGUACUGCUUUCUUCACUUGAGCAUUCAGGAGUUCAUUGCAGCCCUUUAUCAACAUCUGAUUCUAGACAGCGACAAGAAGCAUGGAUUGUUUUUACAGAUAAGCAAAAAUAAAGGCGUGACCGAUUUCCUGAAGACAGCAGUAGACAAGGCUCUGGAAAGUGAGAAUGGACAUCUGGACCUUUACCUUCGCUUCCUUCUCAGUCUGUCACUCCAGUCCAAUCGACAACUCUUACGAGGCCUGUUGACACAGCAGGAUGACAGAGACCAGAGCAAAAAGAAAAUAAUUGCCUACAUCAAGCAGAAACUUGAAGGGAAUCUGUCUCCAGAGAGAUCCAUCAAUCUGUUCUACUGUCUGAAUGAACUGAACGAUCAAACUCUGCUGAAAGAGAUUCAGUCUCACCUCAGUAGUGGAAGUCUGUCAUCUGCUCGCCUUUCACCUGCCCAGUGGUCUGCUCUGGUCUUUGUGUUGUUGACCUCAGAGGAGGAGCUGGAGGAGUUUGAGCUUCACAAAUUCCAGAGAUCAGACGAGUGUCUCAUCAGACUAUCAGCAGUCAUCAAAACCUCCAAAAGAGCCUUGCUACAGGGCUGUAAACUCACUGUUAAGUGCUGUGAGAGUUUGUCUUCAGCUCUACAAUCCCCAAACUGUGUGCUGAGAGAGCUGGCCCUGAGUGACAAUGACCUGCAGGAUUCAGGAGUGAAGCUUCUCUCUGAUGGACUGAAGAGUCAACACUGUAAA